UCGUGAACGAACGUCGUACUGUAAUAUCGAGCGCUAUCCCGGCACACUCAUUAGUUAGAUGACUUGGCUACGACGACAGGCGACUGUUUGGCCCGAAGCCCUCGCCUGAUAUUAACUACACCUGGGUAGCAGCCACGUUAGACAAGAUGGAUAACUUUCACGGUUUCAGUAAUAUGGGUAAUGGCUGGCAGAGUAAUAUGAGUUCGUUAGGCUACCCAAAUGGAUUUUCACAAGCAUCGUUCAGCACCAACUCGACGCUCGGGGUUAUCAAUCAAUUCAAGGUCAUGGCUGCAAAUUCGAUACGGCAAUCAACAAUCAUCCUCUCCGCUUUCAAUACGGUAUCGGCUUUCGCGACGGCAGCCGGUAUUUACUAUGACAGCUACACAAGAGCAAAACGGUCAAAUCCAGACGGCAAGCAGAAAGUCAAUGCUUUCCGCUGUGUUCAGGGGCCCGCAACAUAUCCCUUCCUGCUAUCUUUAGGAAUCACGAUCCAAGGCAUCAUAUUUGCCGUCGCUCAAUCAUACGGCUUAAAUAGUAUUUUCCUACGGGGAUGCUCUUUAAUAUCACAGCUCAUGUGGCCUACGAUCUUCAUCGUACCAUACAUCCAGCUGGUCUUCGGGCUGGAAGUUACCAUUCGAGCUCUACGAAGCAGACCAUUCCUUCCAAGAAGCAAGUGGAAUGUUCCGAUCUGUCUCAUCGUGAUCAAGGUCCUCUUAUUAGCGACCGGCUUAGUGGGCUACUUUGUUCAGCCUCCCAAUUUCUGCUUUGCUUCGCUCUUCUGGUUCGUAGCCAAAUGGGCUGAAGGCGGCUUCGUGAUACUACUCCUUAUCGCAACCACUUUAGCGAUCUGCGCCGUCAUUAUCUUUUUAAAGUUAACAAGGCACUCGACGAUCGAAGAUUCUGAGCGGAUUAGCGCUUCUAGGAUGGUGUACUUCCUUAUUUUAGCAGUUGUAACCAACGCCUUGAUCGUCCCGUUCUUUAUAUCACUUACUUUCUCGAAUCCUAUGGAGGAUAGUGGCAGUUCCGGGUUGACACUAUCGAUGAUUUCAACAGUCGUGGCGAAUGUCUCGGGGCUUACAACCGGGGGUCUUCAUCUGUUUCUUCGAUCCAACAGCAUUGCUACCAUCGGUUCCAGCAGCAAAUUGGGCGAGUAUGAGCGGCAGAAGCUAAAACUUCAGUACGAAGCUGAAGCAGCAAACAGUAUGGACUUUAACGGUCACAUACUUAAACCAGUAUCCGGCCCUGUGUCUUUCUCGAAGACGGGAAGUGAGGAAAGCCUUAUAGGUGAGAAGAGCGACGCCAUGGAACGUGGCAUGAGUCCGUAUUCUAUGGAUUCUCCAAUGUACAGCCCGAUGAAACCGAACCCCUUAAGGUCCAACGCAGUAUUUGGAACUCCAAACUUCUCCUUUCCAAGAGCUCCAGAGCCCGUUCAAGUAUCUGCCAUCCCUUCGGCAAAUUCGCAUAGCCGGAAACCGUCAGCAUCUUACAAGCUCUUUCCUAACAAGAACCAAAACAACACUACCUCGGUUGCAUUAUUACCAUCAACUACCUACAACUCUAACCCCCAGCCAACUUUUACCAUAAACGGACUUCCACCCGACGAUGUAGACGACUUUCUCCAACCACCUCCAUCAAUACGAACCUCCUGGGGCGGCGGCAGCCGAGACUCCUCCAUGAGCUCAUCCACAACGGUUCAAAUAGGUAUACGUAUCUCAAAUAUCGCAGAUAUCGGCGCGAUGCAGAGCGAGGUUUCCACAGGCACCGAAAGAGUCUAUUCUAUAGACUGUCCCCAGGACGACCAGUCAAUGAAUGUUUAUCGGCCUGGUCCUCUCGCAGUCUCCAACGCAUCAAACAUCACACCACCGCAAAGCUCUUACUCAAGAGAUUCGAACAUAAAAGACUUCCCGCCGAUGGCCGCUAAGUCUCCUAAGUCCGAUGAUGAAGGAAGCGAAUGCACAUUAAAUCCGACUGUCUACGAUCCAAACAGUCCUACGAAAUCGAAAACACCCAGUCCUAAGGGAGUCGGGUUCAAUGUUCCCCGCAGAACAAACACCUCGCCCAUACAGGGCACGUCAACGCGAUUGCCCCCUCGAAACCGCGGUGAUUCGAGCGCUGCUUCAAACGGCAGGCCUAAUUGGAUCUGAAGUCUAUCAGACUAACGGACGCCACAGCACCUGUUUUUGAGGUUAUAGACAAAAAUGAUGAAUUGAUAUGUACUACUAGAACUCGGGUUUUCUUACUUGGAGAACCCUUCCUUCGUUCGUUAACUUUCCUCCAGCAGUAUCCUUUACACAUU